GUGAUUUUCUGCCAAAUAUAUCUACACCCCAUUUUAUAAUUCGGCAGCGCUGUUUCCCUGCUAGGAUUCUCAACGUGGAAGCUCUUGACUGUCACAUUAGACACACUUACAGACUAUCAUUCUUUUGCCAUUCUCUUGGUCAAAUUGCCUCGUCGACAAAAGUUGUAAAAAAAAAAUGGUUAACUAUACUGCAACUGAAGCUUUAUCUCACGAAUCAGUCUGGUAUGAGAAAUUUCGCUAUGAGGAUGCUGAACGUCAUCUUCAAGAAUACUUGGCAAAGGGAUCAUCAGGGGCCUCAUCCUGUUCAGUUGUUGCUGAAAUAAUGAAAGCCAGGGAUCAGAUUAAAAACUCACUUGCUGCUGUUGAGGAUUUACCUUCCUCUGGUUCCGCCGUUCUAUCUUCUAACUUGACCAGUCGACUUCAGCAGCUGGAGGAAGAAAAUAAAGACUUGAAAAAGGUAACUGAUGAUCUCCGUUCAUUGGUAUUGAGCUUGGAAUCAAGGGUGAAAAAUUUGGAAAGCUCCAAACCUGCAUCACAAGCACAAGUUUCAACCGCUCCUAAACCAGUUGCAUCAGAAGUGAAGGCAACAGCAGCUGAUGAUGAUGAUGAUGAUGUUGACCUGUUUGGCUCAGAUGAUGAAGAUGAAGAAGCUGAACGAAUUAAGCAGGAACGUGUUGCAGCAUAUGCAGCCAAGAAAUCAAAAAAACCUGCAUUGAUUGCAAAAUCCAACAUAAUUUUGGAUGUUAAACCAUGGGAUGAUGAAACUGAUAUGGCUGAAAUGGAGCGUCGGGUGCGUGAAAUCAAAUCCGAUGGCCUUCUUUGGGGCACGUCGAAAUUGGUGCCACUUGCAUAUGGUAUCAAGAAACUUCAGAUUUCAACAGUUGUAGAGGAUGACAAAGUAUCUGUUGACUGGUUGAUUGAAACUAUUCAAGAAAUAGAAGAUUUGGUCCAAUCGGUUGAUAUCGCGGCUUUCAACAAAAUUUAAGCUAUUUCCCAUUAAGCAAAUAUAUCUGCAAACCCUCUUCGUGAUUUGUAGAAAUAAAUGAUUAUUCUUUGGGAUUCGAA